AUGGCAUCCCCAAUAGCAUCCUCCUCGUCUCACACCCUAGACGAUGAGUAUAUCGACCACCUCCUGAUUCUGUAUGCGUCGGAAACGGGGGCUUCGCAGGAUACAGCGGAGCGAGUGGGGAGGGAAGUACGAAGGAGGGGGAGGAGAUGUGUUGUUCAGAGUAUGGAUCGUUAUGAUGUGAUGGAGCUGCCACACGUGCCUCUGGUGGUCUUCAUUACCUCAACUCACGGCCGAGGAGACCCACCACCGACAAUGCUUCCCCUCUGGACUGCUCUCUUACGAAAGUCCCUACCGCCCGACAUCUUGGAAGGCGUCAAUUUCGCUCUCUUCGGCUUGGGUGACUCUUCCUACGAGCGUUUCGCUUACGCUGGCAAGCUACUACAUCGCCGCCUUGUCGCCCUCGGCGCAGAGCCAGUCCUCGAAGCUACGUACGGAGACGAAAGAGCCCCAGAUGGUAUGGAGCAGGCUUUCGUCCCCUGGCUGGAGAGCUUGAUGGAGGGGGUCAUACCCCAUCUAUUGCCUGUACCAAAGCAUGCGAAUACGGAGCGGACUGAUCUCUCGGAGCCUAUAUACCGGAUGAGUCUCCUGGACGACGAGACGGAUCCGACUCAGCUGGCGAGAUUGAGUCUGGAUGAGGAGGGUCGACCGAAACGGAAUGGCGGGUCAAAUGGGGAUAAAGAGGGAGUCGAGGGGUCAAUCGCACCCGUCAGGGUGGAGGAUGCGACACGAGGACAAGCGCACGAGGUGCUCAAGCCGGACGAUUGGGUCUGGGCGACAUUGCAGCGAAAGGAGAGGGUCACGGCGGAGGGGUGGUGGCAGGACGUGAGGGAGCUGGAGCUGGAACUCGAAGGUUCCACGGAAGCUGAAUACCUCCCUGCCUCGAUAGCCAACCUACAGCCGGCGAUGAGCACUGAAGAGGUGGACGCGUUUCUGGCCGGCCAAGCGCUGGUCGACAUCGCCGAUCGUCCGGUCUCGAUCCGCUCAGCGCUGCCCGAUCAGCCUAUGCCCUCGCAUCUGCCUCCUUCUGGCCAUACAACUACACUUCGACGUCUACUCACCAAUCACCUUGACCUUCGAGCGUCUCCCCGGAAGAGCUUCUUUGAGUGGUUGAGGCGGCUGAGUGGGGAUGAACGGGAACAGGAACGGCUAGAUGAAUUUAUCUCUGAUCCGGAUGAGAUCCAUACUUACGCCACCCGACCCAGUCGGUCGAUUGUCGAGACACUAGCCGACUUUCGCGAAGUCCGAAUACCCUUAUCGCAUAUUCUCGAGAUCCUGCCUCCCCUACGGCGGCGGCAAUUCAGUAUAGCCAGUAGCUCAAGCGCGCAUCCGGGAAGGGCCCAGCUGCUCAUCGCCAUGGUCGAGUACAAGACGAAUCUCAAGAUCCCACGACGAGGACUAUGCUCCUCAUGGCUGCAAGAUCUCCCCGUUGGCGCUCGGAUACCCAUCAAGAUCUCUGCGCCGACUCUCCAUCUGCCGACCGAUCCGUCGACGCCCGUCAUUCUGGUGGGGCCAGGAACUGGUGUGGCGCCGAUGCGGGCGUUCCUGGAGGAAAGGGUCCGACAGGGCGCGGCAAGCAAUACCACGCUGUACUUUGGCUGUCGGUCUUUGAGUGCCGAUCAGUACUUUGCGGCCGAAUGGGAGCAGUACCGCAACCUCGGCGCAAGUGUCCGGGUCGCUGCGAGCAGAGAAGGCGCGGAGAAGGUCUACGUCCAGGAUCUGAUCCGCGAGGACAAGGAGAAGAUCUGCGAUUGGAUUGUUAAGAGCGGCGGGCAUGUCUACAUAUGCGGGUCAUCGAAUGCCAUGCCCAAAUCCGUCCGGGAGGCAUUGGCUUGGUGUAUUUCGACGGAGGGAGCGGGGACGUUGGACAGCGAAGAGGCGGUUGCGUACGUCGAGCAAAUGUUUGAGCAGGGUCGAGGCGGCGAGGAGAGCUGGUGA